CACUUCACUUCCUUUUUCCUUUCUCUUACACUCUCUCACUCUCUCAAUAAUCCCUUUCCCUUAACACUCAUACUCUUUCUCUCUCUCUAUCUAUCUCAAAAUUUCUUCUAAACAAAAAAAUGGGGACUCCCAUUUCCCAUUUUACCCCUCUUCAUUUCCUCUAUUUCCUCCUCCUAUCCUCCUCCCCCAUCCUUGCCCUAAACUUCUCUUCCCUUCUCUCCUCCUUCCCUGACCUCUCCGACUUCGCCGCCCUCCUCUCCUCCUCCGCCGUCCUCUCAGAUCUCAACCAUCGUACCUCCCUCACCCUCCUCGCCGUCCCAAACUCCUACCUCGCCGCCUCCUCCGAUCUCACUCACCGCAUCCCUCCUUCCUCCCUUGCCGAUCUCCUCCGUUACCAUGUCCUACUCCAAUACCUCUCCCCUUCCGACCUCCGCCACAUCUCCCCUUCUGGCAAGCUCGUCACUACUCUCUUCCAAACCACCGGCCGUGCCACCAGUGACUUCGGUUCCGUCAACAUUACUCGCAACCCUCUCGAUGGCGUCGUCUCCGUUCACUCCCCUGUUCCCUUCUCUUCAUCUAAUGCUACGGUUCUUACUCUUCUCCAGAAUCUUCCUUACAAUGUCAGUAUCUUUGCGGUUAAUGCUCUUCUUGUUCCUUAUGGAUUUGAUCUUAUGGCUUCCGAAACGCGUCCACCAUUAGGGUUGAAUAUUACUAGGGCUUUGAUUGAUGGUCAUAAUUUUAAUGUUGCUGCUUCUAUGCUUUCGGCUUCUGGUGUUGUUGAGGAAUUUGAAGCGGAUGAAGGUGGUGCUGGGAUUACGCUUUUUGUUCCUACUGAUAUAGCUUUUUCUGACCUUCCCGGGACGGUGAAGCUUCAGUCACUACCGGCGGAUAAGAAGGCUGUUGUCUUGAAAUUUCAUGUUCUUCAUUCUUAUUAUCCCCUUGGGUCUUUGGAAUCCAUUGUGAACCCUGUACAGCCAACUCUUGCGACGGAGGAUAUGGGCGCUGGUAGGUUCACGCUUAACAUUUCGCGAGUGAAUGGCUCAGUUGGGAUCAAUACAGGCAUUGUUCAAGCAUCAGUGUCUCAGACGGUGUUUGAUCAGAAUCCGGUUGCCAUUUUUGGGGUUUCUGAGGUGUUAUUACCUAGAGAGAUUUUUGGGAAUAAUCCAAUGAUGACGGCUAAGCCUAGGAAUGAAAUUGUGGGUAAUGCUCAGCCACCGGAAGGAAUGGCUAUGUCGCCGGAAUCCAAUGGACCACAAUUACAUCUUUCAUCUCCACCUGGGUAUGGUGAGGAAAUCCGAUCGGUUGCCGCCAUUAACGGCGGGGUGAAUUUCUUCCUUACUCUAUGUAGUAGUUGUAUAGCAAUAGCAUUGUAUUUAAUUCAGUAGAUUAAUAUUUGAUUGAUUUUUCCCCGUGAUAAUUGUUUUCCAUGUUACGGGUUUUUUUUUUUUUUCUUCUUUUCUUCUCCCUUUCUAAUUUACACGAUGAUGAAUUGAAGUGGGGGCUACAAAAGCAGCAGCCAAAAAUUUUCUGUUCUUGUAAUUGUUCUGUUGAUUUCAUUUCACAAUGGUCUGUAAAUUAAAGAGAGGAUAUUGAUUUUUGGGAUCUGGGUUUGUUUCAAUUUUGGAUUUCGCAGAUUCAUGAGAAGCAAAAAUGGGAAAAAAGAAGGAGAAGGAGAAGAUUUUGAAGGGGAUUUUGUUUCUUUUAUAUUAAUUUUUGCUCAGAAUUUUAUGAUGCUGUUGUUGA